AUGAAUAAGAAUAAACUAGCCAUAGCUGACAUCGCAAGCCAUGCUCAACACAGUACCGAACAUAUAUCACCAUUUUCAAAGCAAGACACCACACAGACUUCAAGCAAUAUUGAUGCAGCUUCAUCGGUAGUGUUUCAAUCACGCUCCAGAAGAAGCAUGCAAAAUUUUCUUCUAGUGCGGCUUGGUGCCAAUUUACUCGUCGAUAAUGACGAUUUUCAACAUUCUUUGAUACAACUUCGAACCAUUGUUAAUAUAUUCGAAUAUUUUUCUGAUCCUGAUCCGUGUACUGACUAUUUGACAACUAUUGAAGAUGAACAAGUCUUUUUAAUUGUUUCUGAGCGAUAUGGCGAAAACAUUGUACCCCUCAUCCACGACACGCCUCAAAUUGAUUCCAUGUUUGUUUUCUGUAGCAAUAGUGAACAACAAGAAGAGCGACUAACUAACUGGCCGAAAGUGAAAGGCAUCUACAGUUUAAUUCAGUCUGUAUGCACAUCAUUAAACAAAAUUGUACUCAAAUGUGAACAGAAUCUGAUACCGAUGAGCUUCGUUCCAAACCAAAUAUUAGCAGCCGAAACAUCGGGACACACAGAAUCUUGA